CCGAGCGAGCGCGAGGAGAGCGCGCGGGAGAGCUCCGGAUCUUUAAAGUCGGGCCUUUCGGCUCCACGCGUGGGUCCCGUCAGUCGGGCGUCCGCCGCAACCGAGGAUACUAGUGCCGCCAGAGUCGCAGCAGCAGCGGCAGCAGCCAGAGCGGCAUCCGACGCGAUGCGGUCAGCUCGCCUCGCUGGACAUGCGGCACGUUGCUGGUGGACGCUACUGGUGUGCUGCGCCUGCGGGCUCAACUGGACCGCGAGGGGUCUCCGGCUCGUGCGGCUGGAUAUGCCGAGCGUGGUGAUCCGCGGUGACCCGGUAUGGCUAAACUGCUCUUUCGACCUGGAGUCGGACGAUCUGUACUCGGUCAAGUGGUACAAGAGCCACCGGGAGUUCUUCCGCUACCUGCCCAGCGAGAGUCCUCCCGCCCAGUCCUACAGACUGUCCGGCGUCUACGUCGACAUGAACAAGAGCUCUGUGGGGAGCCUGCUGCUCAAGGAGACAGACAUGAAAUCGGAGGGGCUCUACUCCUGCGAAGUGUCUGCAGAUGCGCCUUCCUUUCAGACAGUGCGAUCUGAAAAAGAGCUCAAGGUUUACGUGCUUCCAAAGCAAGGACCCGAAAUUCGGGGCACGAAGCCCCACUACAGAAUCGGGGACUUGGUGAAUGUGACGUGCCGGGCGGGGGCCUCCAAGCCACCGGCUGUGCUCAUGUGGUACAUCAACGGUGAAGAGGUUCCUCCCAAGUACGAGAAGACGUACCCCAUCUUCCGCGAUCAAGACCAGCUGUACCACUCCUCGUUGGGCAUGACGUUCACGGCGGAGCCGAGGCACUUCACGUACGGCAUCAUGAAACUCAAGUGCACGGCCACGGUGUCCGAGGCCUACUCACUCUCCAGCGAGGAAAUCGUGGCGGCACAAGACGCCAAGGCGGCAGGGUCAGAUGACGACAAGCCUUCAAUCACGGGAGGCCAGUCCAGCUACCACGUCGGCGAUCUUGUGAACGUCACCUGCAGCUAUUCGCGGUACGGGAAGCCCGUCGAUCUGCAAUGGCACCUAAACGACAAGGAGGUGUCUAACAGGUACCUGGUGCACCACCCGAUCCACCGGUAUGAGUCCGGGCGGCAGGUGACGUCCCUGGGGCUGCGGUUCACGGUGCGACCACACCACUUCCUGGGAGACGAGAUGCGCAUCAAGUGUACGGCCACGCUGAGCUCGGGCUCGACUCGGGGCUACACCAACUCCGGCGACCCUUUCUCCGAGAAGGAAUUCGUCCUGGGAAGCAGCCACCGGAGCUCCGGACUCCACGUGUCCGAACACUACGGUGCCGUAACAGAUCCCAACGGAUCCGCAAGGACUGUCUCGAGGAUGCUCGCUUCCUUUCUCCUGGCUGUGUGGAUAUCCAUGGGUUUUCGAUGAGUCAAAUGAGAAGACCCUGGCCAAGACGCCCAGCGGUUUUCUCUGACAUCCGGUCCUCCUUUAUCUUUCCUUCCUCCACGAACGGACACGCAACACACACUCCCCGACUAUCUCCCUCUCUACCUUUCUUCUAUCAUCUCGGGCCUGAGCAGUGGUUGUACAUACUUCAGUGCCUUUGAUUCAUGUCCACAUUCACAGCCCCUCGCAUACGCAGGUUGCCCUAUCCCCGAUUUAUAUCUUCGUAUGAAUGAAGGAUCGCAACGCAGCGUUGGAGUACAUCUGCCAGAGGACGGUACAAGUGCGGAAGCUGGUUAUAAGACGUGGAUGUUAACGUGCUUACUUGUGGCGUUGAAGAUAUACUUGUCAUGGUCGUUUCGAGUAAUGUGCGUAUAGGAUUGUCAACUAAACUCCAGCGAUAUCCUGCACAAAAGAUGGCGAAAGUAUUGUAAGAUUGAGUGUGAUAAAACGUGUGACUAGUCGAUUUAUUUAUUACUGUAAUAAAGUUUAAAAUCAAGCUAUAGUCAUUGACGGAAUGAAAACGACAGGGCAUGUCCUUCGAGCACCCGGUCUCCAGUACGCGUUUCAUGCCUUUCGCCAUGCUUCGUCUGGGCGCGUGCGCUCGGAGCGCACGAGACGCCUCAGCGUUGUCGGAGGUGCACCAGCUCGCGCUAGAGGCGGGAAAAACUCAAGCUCUUCCAUUCAGUUUUCACCUUGCCAGUGACUACGGCAGAUGGCUAUUCACAGUUACAAGAAUCUGAGAGUGUAGGACGGGUCGAAAACGAGAGAAAUAAUAACGCGAAUGAAACAAGAACGCAUAUAAGCAUUCGUUUGUUUUGAUUACACGUAUAACAAAAUAUAAUUUGAGUAUUUCAAAUGAUAUAAUUAAAAACCCUCGAAGAGUUUAUGCGCCAUAACGUCCUAAUUAUUUGUUUUAUAAAGAAAAGCUUUAUAAUGUUGGUAUUUGCUACAUCAGAUGUUCUCCCGUUGAAUAUGUAUUCACUUUCGUGAAUCGGUAAAUGUUUCACAAAUUAUUUGGGACACAUUUAAUUUUAAUACGCGUCCCAAAUAUCAGACCCGCGGAGCUACGAGUUAAUGAAACAAUGGUAACUCUUCACGCGCGGAUCUAGUUUUCGAAGUGUGAACGUGUGAAAUGCCGUGAACGCGCUGUUCAGAACUGUAUUAGAUAAUAGUCGAAGAAGUUGUAGCUACUUAUCACUCGAAACAGCUUCUUUCAGAGUUACACCUUUCAGGUAGUGCAGAAUACCGGUUAGUGUGAGCGGCAUGAUAAAGCUUUUUGAUGUGGUCCCGAAUCCUGCAUCCUUCGUUACGGGAUAGACGCAGCGGUGCUCAGUACUCGUGAACAAAUAGUCACGCUUCGAAAAUAAGAUUAUUUCUAGAUAAUCUAAGAAGCUUUAACGUAAGAGUUGGCGAACCAAGGCUGACCGCCCGAGAGGGCGAGGAAUGGACUAACAAGACCGGUUCGUGUAAAUACAAGAGGCGUACGAAUGUCAGAUUUCUUUUAGCAGAUUUCUUUCUACACACCGGACGGCUAUGAACAAUGCAUCACUACUUCAUUCGAACCCCUAUUCUCGAUUCCUUCGACAUUACAAUUUAUUUGUAUUUUUGUCGUGUUUUUUUUUAAUUUUAGGUACCACCACACGAAAACUGUAGGUCGCAGAACACACCGUAUCCCUUUUUUACCCUUCAAUAUUCUGUAUUUGGUACAACCUGUCUGAGAACUGGUUUUAGUUACUGGCAACUAGAUUAUUUUACGAGUGUAUCUGACAUGCGCACCCAAGUGUCGGUUACAGAGACACCAAACCUUUUACUGGCAGGCAGUAGUUGUUCCCAGGUUGUUCAAUGAACGUAGUCAUUUGAACCCGAUCACGCACAGCAUCCACUAAAUUACACUAUUUAAAAUAAUGCAACAUAUAUUUACUACAUUAUCUUGCUUCUUGGCAUCAAAAUUAUGCUAGAAAAACUAAACAAAAGGACGCUUUAUUAGGAAGCAAAGAAAGGGAAGUAUGAAAAUUGUGUCACUCGAUUCUGACAGUUACUGAAGCAACAAUACUAAAAAUGUGUACAUAAAUAUACAUAUUACGUACGGUUCGCCCCUAAAGGUUACAAGAAUAAAGUUACUGACGUAGAGAACAUUGUUAAACUCCUACGGGUGUAGAUAUGUCGAGAUUUAUAUAUAUAAAAAAAGAAUUGUUCCCUGAAGACAGUUACUGUAAUUAAUAUUCGAGAGGUGUGCUCUCAGACGCCCGUGCUGUAUUUACCGUCGCUUCUGCGUUGCUCAUGCAUACUUGUAAAUGAUGACAUGUAUGUUUCCCUCAAACUUGAUUUCUUAAAUACUGUAAAUAAAGUUUUUGCAAUAAAGAAA